ACUAUUUAUAUUGCGGUCGGUCGAGCGCGGAUGGCAGAAAUCUCCUGAUGAAACCAUUUCCCGUCACAGAACGCUAUCUAAGUUACAACGAUAUAAACAAAUGGUAAACUUGUGACGUCAGAAUGAAGACCGAAACCAGUAUCCUCAAACCUCGUUCUGAGGUAAAUGAAAGGAUAUGUACAAAUCAUCCGGAACGCAUCGUCAUGAUGGAGUGUACCACGUGCGAGGGCGUACCCGUGUGCCUCACAUGCAUCAGCACGUCACAUAAAGGUCACAUGUUCCUGGAGAUAGAUGGCGUAGCAGACGGGGCCUCAUGGACAAUGAUUUUCAAGAACGCACGUGGAAAACUUGCAGCAAUUUCUCGAAGAAUUGACCAACUAAAGGAACUCAAAGAGCAAAACGAAAAAUUAUCAGUUCUCGCCAUUAGUGACAUUCAUCGCCAGGGGGAGCUAAUGAAGCGAGAAGUUGACGAGACAUGUGCACACCUCGUCUUACAAUGUAAGUCUAUCAGAACAACAAACCAGACACUUCUCCAGGAGUCAGAGGACAAACUACAGGAGACCAUGUCCGAUAUAAAAGCAAUAAUCACGAAAUCACAGACAGCAUUUUCUUCCGGGAUGAAAACAGGAUCAAAGCAACUGAGGGGAAGACUUAAGCUGGAGAUCGAUCGGCCGUUUGAUAGACUUCCCGACCUACAGGCCCAAAGUUUCUCUCCGUCUCAGCGAUCUAGCGAGUCGAUGUCGGCGGAACAUUUCAUAGGAUCAAUUCAAUCUAAGGUGUGGGUACUGGAAGACUCGUCGGUGGUAGACAGUACAAAUCAUUUCCUUGGCAACAUGAUACCUAUAUUGCGUGCAACUGAGCUUUACAAUGUCAAGGUCAUGGCCACUUUCCGGUUUUCUGUCGACCGCGAGAUCGAGUCGGUGUUUCCUGGUUUUGACGGACGUUCUUGGAUGGUGUGUGCCAGCAGUACCGAGGCAAGAUUAGUUGACCACGCAGGAGAGUUUGACCCGAGACGGUCUAUAACUCUAGAUAAAUACAUCUACAUAAAUGAUUUGAUCACCACCGCGGACAAGACGAAAACACUUGUUUGCUGUUCGGACCAGUCCAUUCGUCAGGUUCACCAUAGCAAUGGUCACUGUGACGUCAUGUUUCGGACACGCCAUUAUGCCACAAGUUUGUGCGAGUCACGUGAUGCAGGCUGCAUACUCGUUUCGCACUAUCACGAUGGCAUGCUGGUCAAAUACAACCAGAGCGGCCGAGCACUGCGCACGAUUGACCACGACUGCGAGGGAAAGCGUCUGUUCCACUCGCCGACAAGCGUCAGAGUGAACACGACCAAUGGAGACGUUGCCGUGAUAGAGAGUUCCUGUCCACGUCACGUAGUAGUUAUAGAUCGGAAUUUGCAAGUUCUAUGUCGAUUUGGGGGAUAUGAAUUUCCGACUUCAUAUGCUGAAAAAAAGACGGGAGGGUCGUUCGUACCGAGUGACAUCUGCUUCGACAAACAUGACAACAUCGUGAUAGCGGACUCCGGUAACAAGGCUUUGAUAUUAACCGAUCGCCAUGGCAGCAGUACCCGGAUACUGACCACGUGCGCGCUGGAGCCCAGGCGCGUGGGUGUAGAACCAACGGGCCAAGUGUGGACAGGUUAUCAGGACGGAACUGUCAAAAUAUUCAGGUACAAAAUACCAAAACGAUCGGCAAAGGAGGACAGUUAAAAUAGAUAUGUUCAUAGAACUGAUAAAACGGUGGUCAAAUGAUACCGAAUGAAUCAUUGGUUGAUAAAUAUAGUGUGUGGGUCGAAUGUAACCGAGAAAAGUGUAUCUGUUUAACAUGGAAUAUGACUACAAGUUCCAUAGGAUUCAAUUAGGCAAUAGGUGAUGGGCUGGAAGAGGAUAGUACAUUAUAAUUAUGAUUUUCAAGCAUUAAUGAGAACAAAAAAUAAACAUCUUUUUCCUCUUUUGUACUUAAUAUUGAUUUUUGUUUGAUUAACAAUUACUCUG